CUCUCUCUCUCACUCUCUCUCUCUUCUUCGAAGCCCGACAGUAAUUUUGACCGUUGCUUUCUCCAACGUCUCUUCUCCUCACACGCUCCUCCACAGCUUCUUUUGACCAUUACACAACCCUAUUAGGUUCCUCUCUUUUGUCUUCUCUCUCUCUCUUUUUCUUGGUUUCUUCUUUGCUUUUAUUUCUUUUAACAUUUCACCAGAACCAAUCCAAGAUUUUUCCACUGUGCAUGGGGUUUUAGAUUUUUUCUUGAAGAGGGUUUAAGAAGAGUCUUGUAAACUAAGCAAAGAAUCUUUCUUCUUCAGACAUGAAGUAAAAAAAAAAAAACAAUGUCUUUUUUCUUUGCUAUCUACUUAGUUGUUCUUUGAUCUGUGGAUUGUGAAACUUAAAGAGAGAGAGAUGGGAUGCUCUCAUUCGAAACUAGACGACGAGGAAUCAGUUCAGAUCUGUAAAGACAGGAAACGUUUCAUCAAACAAGCGAUAGAACAUAGAACCAAGUUUGCUUCUAGUCACAUUGCUUAUAUCCAGUCACUUAGAAAAGUCUCUGACGCUCUCCAUGACUUCAUCGAAGGAGACAACUACAAGCCUCACGAGUUUGUUCAGGACUCGUUCGUGACUCCUGUUAAGAGACUACCACCGAGCAGAAGCAGGAGAGGCAGCGGUGGUGGAGGAGGAGGAGAGUUCAUAACGAUUUCACCUUCUUCUAUGCCUCAGAAAAUGAUUCAAGAUAAGCCAAGAAGGAAGGUGAGAGCGAGUUACUUGAUGGCUAACAGAACCAGACCGGUUCGUGUUGAAGAGAGGUCUCCUGAGACGUUUCGUGUUGAGUCAUUCUCACCUCCAAGUCAACAACAAUACGGUGAAGGAGAUGGCUUCUUUGGGAUGAAUAUGAAUAUGAACAUGAACACUUCUGCAGCUUCUUCUUCUUCGUUUUGGAACCCGUUGAGCUCUCCUGAGCAACAGAGGUUGAGUAGUCAUAACAUUCCACCUCCUUCACCUCAGAACUCUCAGUGGGACUUCUUCUGGAAUCCCUUCUCUUCUUUGGAUUAUUAUGGAUAUAAUAAUAGUUAUGAUAGAGGAAGCGUUGAUGUUAGGAGUGGUGGUGUGGAUGAUGAGAUAAGAGGACUGAGACGUGUUCGUGAGGAAGAAGGGAUUCCAGAUUUGGAAGAAGAUGAUGAACCUGAACCUCCUCAGCCUGUGAGGUUUCAUAGUCAUACUCCUCCUAAAAUAGUAGUAGAAGAAAGUAAGAGUUGUUGCAAGGAGGAAGUUAAAGUUGAAGAUGUUGAUGAGAAUGAUGAUGAUGAUGAUGAUGAUGAUGAAGAUGAUGAUGGGGAGUUUACAGAUAGUGGCUGUGAAGAAACUGAGAACGAGGGAGAUGAGAAAUGCGUUGGGAAGCAAGAACAGCGAACAGUUGAGGUGCCUAGAGUUGAAACUACAGGGAAUGUUGUUGUUGAAGAGGUGAAGAAUGUUGUUAAUGUUGCAAAAAGAGAGACGCCAGGUUUCACCGUGUAUGUGAACAGGAGACCAACGAGCAUGGCUGAGGUUAUCAAAGAUCUUGAAGAUCAGUUCACAACUAUUUGCGACGUGGCUAAGGAAGUCUCUGGGCUACUGGAAGCUAGCAGAGCUCAAUACGCACCGUCCUCUAGUGAUCAUAGUGCAAUGAAAAAGCUGAAUCCAGUAGCUUUGUUCCGUUCCGGUUCAUCAAGAUCUUCCUCUUCAAGAUUCUUGCUCACAUCUUCUUCUGGUGGUUCUGAAAGCAGAAGCGAUGGUUCGGAUGAGUCUUGCAUGGUUUCAGGUAGCCACCAGACAACAUUGGACAAACUUUUCGCGUGGGAGAAGAAACUCUACGAUGAAGUUAAGUCUGGAGAACGUGUUAGAAGAGCAUACGAGAAGAAGUGCAUGCAGCUUAGGAAUCAAGAUGUUAAAGGAGAUGAUCCUUUUGCAGUUGAUAAAACAAGAGCUACGAUCAGAGACCUAGACACGCAGAUAAAGGUGUCUAUACACUCUAUUGAAUCUAUCUCCAAAAGGAUUGAGACUCUUCGUGACCAAGAACUGUUGCCUCAGCUUCUCGAGCUUGUUCAAGGAUUAACAAGGAUGUGGCAAGUGAUGGCAGAGAGUCAUCAGAUACAGAGAAGAACACUAGACGAAGCCAAAAUGUUACUUGCAGGGACACCAGUUUCAAAGCGUCACAAGAAGAGACAACAACAAGCUCCAAUAAUGCCAGAGGCCAUCAACUCACAAAGAUUAGCUCAAUCUGCAUUGAAUCUUGAAGCUCAGCUUCGAAACUGGAGAGCCUGUUUCGAGUUCUGGAUCACAUCUCAGAGAUCCUACAUGACAGCAUUGUCCGGUUGGCUUCUCAGAUGUCUCAGAUGUGAUCCUGACCCUGACAAAGUUAGACUAUCCUCAUGUCCUCACCCGAUAUACCGAGUCUGCAUCCAGUGGUCGAGGCUGCUCAACAGCUUGAACGAGAAGCCGGUUCUGGACAAACUCGAGUUCUUUGCCUCUGGGAUGGGUUCAGUCUACGCAAGACAGGUUAGAGAAGAUCCAAACUGGAGCGGUGGAGGCGGGUCAAGAAGAUAUUCCGGGUCAGAGAGCUUGGACCUCGUGUUGGCUGAUAGAGUAGAAGAAGAUGUUGUGAUGACUGCUGAGAAACUUGCAGAGGUUGCUGUUAAAGUUCUCUGCCAUGGAAUGUCUGUUGCAGUUAGUUCACUGGCUGAGUUUGCCAUCAACUCGGCUGAUGAACACUCAAAGCUUGUUAACCAACCAGAGGACGCUGCUGAUGCCACCACCAGCACGUCAACGCAACAACGUCCGGAUGUAAAUUCCAAUUCCUAAUUGUUAUUUUGGGGUUUUAGAGAGUUUAGAAAAUUAGGUUAGGCUUCUUGGCUAUCAUCUUUUGCUAUCAGAAGAUAGUUUUUAGAUGGAUGAGAUUUGUAUUAUUUAGUAAAAGACAAAACAGAGUUAGUUCAGUUGAUUUUGAGGAUGAACAA